UGGGCGCGACUGGGACUGAGUUUGCGCACUGCUCCCAAGCUGCCGGGACUGAGCCCGCGCAGUGUCCCCGUUGUGCGUUGCUGGCUCGUAUCCAUAGCCCCGUGACUGAGGUUAUGGUUCCGGUUGAGAGGUGUUGGUGGCCGGAAAUAAUGGGUGUGUGACGGCCGCCCAGUGGCUAAGUCGGCGAUGUCUGGGUUUGGGGAUGUGAGGGGAGAGGUAGUGGGACGACGAGUUGUCCAGAGCAGGUGUUUAGUGUCAAAUGGAGGGAAAAAAAUGCAAUCCAGUCCUGACCACAACGUGCUACGGUUCCAAUUUAUUUUGGACAAGGAAAAAGGUGGCUUUGGAUUGGGAGAAGGCAUAGUUUAUUAAAAUAAAGCAGGAUCUGGCUUGACUGGCAACUACGCCUUGUGGGUAGCAUCUGGAAGAGCAAUCCUGAGGCACAGUUUAAGGUAACCCAACACUAUGGAACUGCCAAACUAUAGCAGGCAGCUCAUGCAGCAGCUGUACACCCUAAGGAAAGAGGAACAGUUUUGCGACUGCACAUUACUUAUCGGCAACACUCCGUUCAGAGCGCACAAACUCGUGCUAGCCGCCUCUAGUUUGCUCUUCAAAUCUCUAUUGGACAACACAGAUACGAUCUCCAUUGAUCAAACUGUUGUGUGCCCGGAGGAGUUUGCUGUUCUUUUGGAGAUGGUCUAUACAGGGAAAGUUCCACCAGGGAAGCACAACUUUACAAAGGUGGUUUCAGUUGCAGACAAUUUACAAAUGUUUGAUAUUGCUGUCAGUUGUAAAAGCAUUGUGGCAAACUUAAUGAAACAAACUGGGGGAAAUGAAGUGCAGGCUUCGAACCCUGCUGUUGGCGAAGAUACACUAAAUCUGGCAGUCACACAUCAGCAUUGCAUAUCUCAAGAACUGGACAGUAAUGAUGUGCCUGCUUCUAGUGAUACUGAAGUAACUGGACCAGCAGAGCAAAACCUGUCUCUAGAAGAAUUAAAUUGCACUGGCAUUGAAGACUUUGAAAGUACUGGGGUUGCACUGUCUACUGAGGAGACUGCUCUGUUUGCUGACGCUGUUGAUCCAAAACAAGAUGUUGAGCAGCAAGAAAGUUCAGUAGAAAGCCAUGUGGCUGGCAUCCAGAAUGUUAGUUGUUCCUCAGGUUGUACUGAGGGUGAAGAAAUUCUCCAUGAGCCACCCAGCAAGAAGGGGAAGCUCUCAGUAACAGAAGAGCCCAGAAAUCUCUCAGAACAAGAGUUCCUCAUGCAGCAUAAACAUGAUCUUGCACAGGCUGUCCAGGACCUACACGCUUUAGUGGAUUCUGUGGUUAAAUGUGAAGAUAUCCCAAUGGCAGAGAAAAAGAUAUUCCUAGACUGCUGUAAAGAAGGAGAAAGCAGUGAAGUUUUCUGCAAAUUAUUGGAUAAAGUUACAGAAGAGAAGACUUUGCAACUGGAAACCCUGCUAUUUGUGCUUGAACAGAACAAAGAAGCAUACCCCAGUCUGCAGACUGUGCUUCAGAACUUAAACCAAAACUUGCCCAUAGAACGUUUAGUAGUAACUGGUUGUAUCAACAGAGAAGAUUUUCUGCUCAACCUUUACUUGCACAAAGAGGAGGUUCUGCAAUAUGUGACGGAUUUGAGCCCUUUAUUGGACUGCUUGGAGUCUACUGAAGAAAUGGUUUUCAGUGAGGAGGAGAAAAAGGUAAUUGUGGAGUGCUGUCAGGGACAGACUGCGAGAGGCGCUAUGGCUAAAUUAUUGAGCAAAGUCAUUGAAGAGAGACAGCUCAGCGCUGAGACUGCAUUAAAUCUUCUUCGAACAAUGAAAGAGGCUUAUCCAAUGCUGCAGUCCUUACUAAACACCCUUGCAGCAGAACCAGAGACAGCUGCAAAGUCAGAAUCAAAGAGCCCAGAAGAUUAUGGGUUUGACUUGCUGAAGCGACAUCAAAAUAAUAUUAUUGACGCAGUAACUGAUCUUCAGCCUCUGCGUAACGUCCUGUCUGUUGCUGAGGACAUAUCUGAUGGUGAAAAAGAGAGAAUUGAAGAUCUUAUUAAAGAAAAAGAUGUGGUUGCCUGUGUCAGCAAUUUGAUGGAAGGAGUGCUAGAGAAGCAAACAUUGGCAGCUCUCACUGUCUGGAAACUGCUCAUCCGAAUGAAAGAAGGCGUGCCAAAGCUGCAAGCCCUGCUAGAUAAGCUCCAUGGAGAACCAGAAAGUUUCCGAAUCAUUUUAUCUGUGAGUGACGAGGAACGUAAAGCUGUGGACAUUUUGAAAAGUCAUAGACGGUUGAUCACUGAUACGAUUGAUGAUAUCAGUCCACUUCUGGAUUGUUUGAUGCCUGGUGUAGAGAAUCUUCCAGCUGAAACAAUAGAGAUUUUGAAGAGCUGCUGUUACAGGGAGACUACUAGUCAGUCAUUAGAAACCAUUCUGGGUAAAAUUUUAGAAGAGAAACUCAUUCCUGCACUGACGUUCUGUAGACUCUUGCAUAUGAUCAGUGAGUCCUAUCCAUCCCUUGAAUCAAUAACAAAGGCAAUGGAACAUGCAGGACUAAUGGCAGAAACAGGGAGUGACAUAUAUGAGGAUCAGAAAGAAGACGUGCAAAAUGAAGAAGAGAAACCAGAAGAUGCAGAGUACCUAGAAGUCAGUGGCCAUGACAGAGACGGUGGCAGCGGUUGCGAACCAUUCUCCGAUCAGAAGAAAGUUAAGCCCAAAUCAGGAACUAAGCAAAUCUUUACCUGCAGUGCAUGUGGCAAGUCUUUUACGUUUAAAUGUCGCCUCGAGCUGCAUCUCACCCGCUGUCGCAGUAUCGGUCACCUUAAAGCCAUUAACUGCAAGGAAGGUGACAAGAUCCAGACUUCCCAGAAAGAUGAAGAAAAGCACAGAUUCGAAACACACAGUGCACCAAAGGGAAAGAAGAGGCGAUUUCCUGUGACUUGUGACAUCUGUGGGAAAUCUUUUGCUCAUCAAUCAGGAAUGCAGUAUCAUAAACGUUCUGAUCACUUCGAUGAGAAACCUUUCUCUUGUAGUGAGUGUGGGGCAAAGUUUGCAGCAAAUUCCACCCUAAAGAAUCACAUGAGGCUGCACACUGGAGAGAAACCAUUCUUCUGCAAGCAUUGUGAAAUGACUUUUAUGCAGGCUGCUGCAUUGGCCUAUCAUAUGAAAAAAAAGCACUCUGAAGGGAAAAUGUACGGGUGUCAGUACUGUGACGCAGUGUUUGCCCAGUCAAUCGAGUUAACACGCCAUGUACGGACCCAUACUGGGGACAAGCCUUAUGUCUGCCGAGAGUGUGGCAAAGGAUUCAGCCAGGCCAAUGGCCUCUCCAUGCAUCUCCGAUCUUUUCAUAAUGUUGAAGACCCAUAUGAUUGUCAGAAAUGCCGGAUGAGUUUUCCAACCCUAGAGGAGCACAAGAAGCACAUCCAGGAUGUGCAUCCACCUGAGUACAAUCCCUGUGACAUUUGUGGCAAGAACUUCAGUGCACCAUCACUUCUUGAAAGACAUAUGGUCACGCAUAUUGGUGGAAAGCCAUAUAACUGUGACAUUUGUGACAAGGCCUAUCAGCAACUUUCUGGGCUGUGGUAUCAUAAUCGUACCCACCACCCUGACAUCUUUGCAGCACAGAAUCACCGCUCUCCAAAGUUUGCCACUUUGUUGUGCUCAGCAUGUGAAAAGUCCUUUGGAAGCACAGCGUCUCUGAAUAAACACAUGAGGUCUGACCAUUCAGAUAUCAAGAUGCUGGAGUGCGAGAACUGUAAAGACACUUUUGCCACACAAGCAUUGUUGCACAUACACGUGAAGUCCAAACAUUCAGGAAUCCACCCAUUUAAAUGUUCGUACUGCUCAUCAACAUUCCGAUUCCCUGGAGCAUUGCAUCAUCAUUUAAGCACAGAACACCUAACUCAGCAAACCAGCAGUUUUGUUUGUGGAGAUUGUGCCCAGCUGUUCAACUCACAGCAGGAUUUAGAAGAACAUCAGAGGAGCAAGCAUGCUGGAAUCCUGUUUGCUCAUGUGCAGGAAGCAGCUGAAAUGGUUAUCCAAGCAUCAGAACAAAUGAGUGCCACUGAACAGGUCAUAUCCCUCGAGGAAACGCAUCUCAACAGUGUUGGAUCACAGGUGUUUGUGGCUUUACCUAAUUCCCAAAACAGUUCCUCAGGGCCCCAUGAAAUUGUGGCUCUGAAUGUGAAUGAUUUACUUGAUGGGUCUGUGACACUCAUCUGUGGAGAGACCCCAUGAAAAGGAGAAAGUUUAAAAAUAGACAAUCUCAACACAAUCCAAUGGCAUUUGGUGAUAUGAAGAAAAACUUUUUCUUCACAAUUAAUUCAUGAUCACAGUUCAUAUCAACUUUAGAACUUCUUUGAGUGCUUUAUUUCAACAGUGAUUUUAACAUGCGUUUAGAAACUUAAUCAGUACAAAUAUCUGGUAAUUCCUAAAUAGGUGACCUGACAUAGUAUCGUAUUUAAAAUAAAGUUGUUGAGCUGGAGCUGCAAUGAGUCCAUCAGUAACAACACUGGGUGAUCCUUUUUAACCCGUUGAUUGUUCCUUUAUUCCUUUCAUAGGAUCACAGUUCCUUAAUGUUAUAGAACAGGAUUGUUCCAGGUUUGAUCUGUGAUUCGUGAUAUAAGGUAGUGCAGCAUAUUGGUGAAAGAGGUGUGGUGGAGCUACACAAUUGGGUUUGGCAUUCCCAUUGUACAGAGGCGAGGUGUGUUGAAUUACCCUUCCACCACUAUAGCCCCCCUGUUAGCACAGCCAUAAAAUGUAUUUUAGUUUGUUCCUACCUCCAGCAGCAGAGCAAAAGAAGGAUGAAGGAUGUAGAUUGUAAUUUUUUAACUGGCGAGGUGGAACUGGAUAAUGCACAAAGGUGACAGAUUUUUCAGGAUUGUGUUGUGGUUAUAGAAAUCGUCCUAAAUAGGGACCCUAUAGCAUAAUGUUUUUACCUCUUUAAAGGUCAUUACAUUUAUGGAUGCUGAAGUAUGCAGCAAAGUUGGUUCAAAGUAUUGGAGAUUGCAGGAUGAUAUUUAUGAUAAGUCCACUCUGAGGCAAAGGGCAAAUCCCAAUCCAUCUCACACUGUCAAAUUACCCCUCAAAGUUCUUCAAGAGCUUUUAAUACACCAGUCCUGUGUUUAUAAAAUAAAUAGCAUAAUCCCAUUAUUUUUGCACCUAAACAGUAAAAACAGAGGAAUCAAUGCCAUUUGCAUGAAUGAAAAAGACUUCUGGUAUUUCUUUGAUUUGGAUCAACGUUGGACUGCAGUUGAAUUUGCUGACUUGUAUCGCAGAUUCAUUGUCCUUACAUUCACAUGCAUCUGAUUACUUUGUAAAAAGAAAAGAUUAUUUUAUAGAAUGUAAUUUUUAUUCCAGAUUGAUUAUGAAACACCGUUUCACCAGGUAGAGAGAAUCCACCUUUAUAGAACAUCAGUUUACAUCCUUAAUCUGUCAGCCCAUCUAGUUUCUUUUCAAUAACCUGUCAAUAUAAUCACAAAAUAUUGCUGUUCUAAAAGCAUUUUAGAUGUUUUGAUUUGAAGCUAUCAAAUUCUGUGGAAAGUAGUGAUCAAAUGUUACUUUCCAUGUGAAUGCCCAGUUCAGAAUUAAAUAUUUCAAAUUAGUUUAAGUUCUAACUACAGGAUUGUAUAAAAUGAAAUACAGCUGUCUAUCAGUUCUCAUUGUAUCCCUUUUGUGAUCUAAGUAUAUAAGAAUCAUCUGCUUUUGAAAAUACAAAUGGGUCAAUCUAGUUACGGUGGUUUAAUUACGAACUGUUCCUGAAGGCUGUAAGAAAGUUCACAGAGAAGGCAAGAUAAUUCAACCCAUCUCUCUCUGCCUACCUCCCCAUCCCAAUCUUAAUUGUGUGUGUAAACAGAGUACUUCUAAUUUUCUCACAGUUUGAGUGAGGAACAUCUUUCUAAUAUUAGUUGCAUUUUUUUUUUAGAAAAACUAAUUUUGCAUUUCUGCUAUUGCAUUCCUGGUUUGCUUAUUUUUUUCAUUUUCUCUGUUACUUACACAUAGGUAAUAGAGGAGAAGGUUGAUGAAAAUCUGAACUGCUGUGAUCUCCCAUCAUGCUGAGUCUUCCCAAUGCUUGUUUGCUUUUACAGUGGUCUACCCAAAACUACUGCCAUGUCAGCAGGUUUAGUCUACUAAGGCUAUUGUCGAGAGCAGUGGCAGAACUUCCAAAUUGUACAUGCUCAGUGUAUUUCACUGAGAAGGGGGAGAGAGAGAGUGGAUGAAUUAAUCAUACUGGACAGAUUGUCAAAAUAUCUCAUGAGAAAAGGAAAAGUGUGGUAAAUGACUGCAAGUUUGAGUAGUUACUUUAUGAAUACUGUAGACUACUGGGAAUGCCCCAACUUAGAAUAUUGAACAAUAGCUAAGAAGCAAUAUGCAGACGAGACUAAUCGUGGAAAAUAGUGAAAACAGUUCAGGAUAGACUAGGGCUGAGUUGAAAUGUUACUGUGUUAUCAGAAAGAGAGAAAGUAUAGCCAAACAAUAUUAGGUGCACCAAUGUAACUAGAUAAGGGAACAGUGUUUCAAAGCUACAAAAGGCAGAGAAUAGGAUGGCAGGGGUGACCAAUUGCUAGACACUUAUUUGAAGAACUAGGCGUUGUAAUGAACUGUAGAAUGAUGACACUAAAUUGGAUAAAUACCUUCACCCUCAGCCUGUGCAAAUCUAUCAUCUUUCUGAAAGAUUCAUCUGGAAAGGGAUUGGAUAUAGACAUAUUUUUCCCAGUUCUCAGCGGACACUGUUCUUAAUCUUCCUUGUUUGAACUGUCUUUUUCACAGAGGUAGCAAAAAUACUGUGUUGGAAGUGAAAGUAGAUCUCUGCAGGAAUGCUGAUGUGACAUUUGAAUUGAGAAAGCUUGAUGUAAUAGGAGAAUGAUGCUGAGCCAUUGAUAUUACUUGCUGACCAGCUGACAGCUUCUCCGUAAUAAAUUUUCCAAAGCAGGUUUUACUAACUAAACCAGCCCCCUGUACUACAAUUUACGAAUAGAUUUUGUGAAUAUUGAAAUUGAAAAUUAUCAAGCAAUUUGAAAAUGAGGUACCUCAUCCAGUACACAAAUGGUUGAAGUAAAUUGAAAUAGAAAUUGGGAGAUUCUUCUUCAAUCAAUUUAGCAUCUUAAAUAGUAAACUUAAUGGGGUCGACUGAAUUUACAAGGCAUGAAAUGGGAGCUAUUGGAUAUGAUACUGGAUGGCUAAUCGAAAGGACAGGCCUCUAAUGAUGUCACGGAAUAAUACUUAAUUGCGACAGGCAAUUAUAACAGGAGUUGUAAGUUUAUGCAACCUUACAACUAUCUGAACCACAAAAUGUUACCAUUGGAUAAAGUAAUGCAAUUUCAUCUGCUUCCUCAAUUAACCUUGUCAAACUAGUGAAUAUUGAUAAAAUGUAAAGGUAAAGAUAGCUGUUUAUAGCCUGAACUGUUAAAAUACCCUUGCGUCCUUAUUCGGCUUCCUCGGUCAUGAGAUACUGAGAUUUUUUUUCCCUUGUGCCAUAGACCACAGAAAUGAUGAUUUCUAUAUUGGAGUAAAACUAACAAAUCCAAAAGUCUAUUGCAAAGGCAUGCAACCAGUAGACUGGAUGUGAGAAAACCCAUUUACAUUAUAACCUGAAAAAAUAUUCUUUCUAUAACCUUGAACAAAGUUAAGGUAUGUUUAAUGCAGGUUUAUUUUUUGGAAAAGAUAGAGAUUAAUGUCCUUCAUAAUGAAGGGGAAUGAGAACAAGGAAUCACAAGGUGAUGUUUGUUGGGUUGAAUUAAAUGCUGAUUGCCAACAACAGCUAUUCUUUCAACAUGUCUGGUUAUUGUCAUUAAAUGAUCUAAAUCAGAGCCCUUUUUGAAUAUGGAGUCUAGUCAGAACAGAAUCAAGGCUAGGAAACCAAGAUCAUUUGGAAGAAAUUAGAAAAAUCAUACUACCAACUAGACAUUAUUCACCCUUUUCUAUAUACGAGGGAAAGAAGUCAAGAGUGAAACAACCAGUACAAUGAGCUGUUCAUUUUGGAUGAUGUUGCACGCGGAGAACUGAUUGACUACUUGAGAAUCUGGUCUGAAUACUUCUAAAAUGUAAAAUUUGAAUAAAAAUAUUGGUUUACUUUUAAUGCAACCCAUGUAAGAUUUAUUAAGCUUUCCUGUAAAACUAAUAAUGUUUUUGAUCGUUCAUUCUCUUCCCAUUCAACCUGAACAACCCACAGCCCCUAAAAAGGGGGCAAUGGGUUGUAAAUCAAAACUAUGGCCAACCCAAAAUAACCACCAUCAACACCCACCCUGCCCCCCCCCCGAUGGAAACCUAUUUCUAUCAGUAUUGUUCAAUGCCCAGUUUAAAAACACAUUUUCAUGCUGUUCUGCCAGAUGCACUAAGGUACCAACCUCAACUUUAUUUGUUGAACUGCCUUUUGAUGGUAGAGCCCAGAAAAAACGACUAUAAAUCUUCUUUCUGGUGACACUUUACAAAGCUGUGUAGGACAAAGUAAGAAGUCAUACGACUUCACCUGACAAAGAAGCAGUGCUCUGAAAGCUUGUGAUUUCAAAUAAAACUGUUGGCCUAUAA